CCCGUCUCUUAAAAGAGUCUGAGUUUGAGCAGUGUCCAGCCCUCUAAAAAUCCAAAUAAUAUAUUUAUAAAAAAAAAAAAAACGAGUAGCAAGCCAAGUAAGCUAGGGUCUCGUAUCGUCUCUCUCUAGCCACUGCAAAAUCAGCCUCGCGCGCUCCAUCGUUUUUGUCACGCUCAAGUCAAUUGUGUUUUUGAUUUAUCAGGUAUCAGAAAAUGGAGUCUUCAGAUUCACGGAAAGAUUUGCCACCACCUCCGGCUAUAAUUCCUUCUGACGUGGUGAAAACAGAAUUGGGUCCAACUUAUGAACAAACAAAGAAAGCAGCAACCCCAAAACGAGUUCCCAUGGCUCGCCGUGGGUACGGUGCUAAAGGACAGAGAAUACAACUACUAACCAACCAUUUCAAAGUGGCAGUGCCCAAGUCAAAUGACCACUUCUACCAAUACAGUGUUGGUCUAUUUUAUGAAGAUGGCCACCCGACCGAUGGAAAGGGAAUCGGAAGAAAGGUUAUGGACAAAGUCCAGGAGACCUAUGAUUCUGAGCUGGAAGGUAAGCAGCUUGCUUAUGACGGGGAGAAGACCCUGUUUACGAUUGGUUCUCUUCCACACAACAAGCUGGAAUUCACUGUUGUGUUGGAGGAUGUCUCCUUAACCAGAGGUGGAGAUAACGACAGUUCCAGGGGUAACGGCAGCCCCAGUGAAAGUGAUCUAAAGCGAAGGAAGCGGCCCUACCACUCCAAAACGAUUAAAGUACAAAUCAGCUACGCAACUAAAAUUCCAGUUCAAGCAAUUGCAGCUGUUCUGCAGGGUCAAGAAUCUGAACAUUUUCAAGAAGCUGUCAGAGUACUAGACAUUGUGCUAAGACAGAAUGCAGCAAGGCAGGGUUGCCUGUUGGUCCGACAGUCGUUUUUCCAUAAUAAUCCAAGAAACUUCGUUGAGUUGGGAGGUGGUGUCAUGGGAUGCCGUGGUUUUCAUUCAAGUUUUCGAGCAGCCCAAGAUGGCUUAUCUCUGAAUAUUGAUGUAUCAACCACCAUGAUAGUUAAACCUGGACCAGUAGUGGACUUCCUAAUCAUGAAUCAGAAUGUUCGAGAUCCUUACCAUAUUGACUGGACAAAGGCUAAGCGGAUGCUUAAAAAUUUGAGGAUUAAAACUAAUCACUCCAACACUGAGUACAAAAUCACUGGAUUGACUGAAAAAUCCUGCAGAGAGCAAACUUUCUCGCUAAACCAAAGAAGUGGACGGGAACGGGAAGGUGAAGUGCAAACUAUUGAGGUUACGGUUUAUGAUUACUUUGUAAAUCAUCGCAAAAUGCGAUUGCAGUAUUCAGCUGAUUUCCCGUGCAUUAAUGUUGGGAAACCAAAGCGCCCAUCGUAUUUUCCUCUUGAGCUGUGCAAUCUGGUUUCGUUACAACGCUACACCAAGGCGUUGUCCAACCUGCAAAGGGCUUCCCUUGUGGAGAAAUCACGGCAGAAGCCCCAAGAGCGGAUGAGAUCUUUGACAGAUGCUUUGAGAAGCAGCAAUUAUGAUGCUGAUCCAAUGCUUCGUUCUUCUGGAAUUUCAAUUAGUGCUCAGUUUACUCAAGUUGAAGGUCGUGUAUUAUCUGCUCCCAGGUUAAAAGUGGGAAAUGGAGAGGACUUCUUCCCUCGAAAUGGGAGAUGGAAUUUCAACAACAAGAAACUAGUGGAUCCAGUGAAGAUAGAAAAAUGGGCUAUAGUAAACUUCUCUGCACGUUGUGACAUACGUUAUCUGUGCAGUAACUUGAUGAAGUGUGGAGACAUGAAAGGCAUUAGCAUAAGUAACCCAUUUGAGGUAUUUGAAGAGAGUCUCCAGUUUAGGCGAGAAUCUGCUACUGUAAGAGUGGAGAGAAUGUUCGAGGCCAUUAAGUCUAAGCUUCCAGAGCCACCACAAUUUCUGUUGUGUAUUCUUCCAGAGAGGAAGAACUCUGACAUUUAUGGUCCGUGGAAAAGGAAAAAUCUUUCUGAUUUAGGGAUCGUCACACAGUGCAUUGCACCUACAAAGGUGAAUGAUCAGUACCUGACAAAUGUGCUACUGAAAAUCAAUGCCAAGCUUGGUGGAAUGAAUUCCUUGUUAUCAAUUGAGCAUGCUCCUUCUAUACCUUUGGUCUCUAAGCUUCCCACCUUAAUACUUGGGAUGGAUGUAUCACAUGGCUCUCCUGGUCAUUCUGAUGUGCCAUCUAUUGCUGCGGUGGUAAGUUCCAGGCACUGGCCAUUAAUUUCUCGCUACAGAGCUUCUGUUCGCACCCAGUCACAGAAGGUUGAAAUGAUUGCAAAUCUAUUCAAGCCUGUUGCUGGUACUCGUGAGGAUCAGGGCAUUAUCAGGGAGUCACUUCUGGACUUCUACUCAAGCUCAGGAAAAAGAAAGCCUGAUCAGAUAAUUAUUUUCAGAGAUGGAGUGAGCGAGUCACAGUUCAACCAAGUUCUAAACAUUGAACUUGAACAAAUUAUUGAGGCCUGCAAUUUCUUGGAUGAGAACUGGUGCCCGAAAUUCAUGAUGAUUGUUGCCCAGAAAAAUCACCAUACCAAGUUCUUCCAGUCGGGAUCACCUGAUAAUGUUCCACCUGGUACUGUCAUUGACAACAAGGUUUGCCAUCCCAGAAACAAUGACUUCUACAUGUGUGCUCAUGCUGGGAUGAUUGGAACGACUAGGCCUACUCAUUACCAUGUUCUACAUGAUGAGCUUGGUUUUUCUGCAGAUGAUUUACAAGAGCUUGUGCACUCCUUGUCAUACGUGUAUCAGAGGAGCACCACUGCCAUAUCUGUAGUUGCUCCAAUUUGCUAUGCCCACUUAGCUGCAAGCCAGAUGAGUCAGUUUAUCAAGUUCGAUGAUUUGUCAGAUACAUCAUCUAGCCGUGGUGGGGUUACUGUUCCAAGUGCUGUUCCAGUUCCAGAAUUGCCUCGUCUGCAUGAUAAUGUCAGCAGUUCGAUGUUCUUCUGUUAAGUCGUUGGUUUUAAUUAUGCUCACAAACCAUAGUUACAGCUGUGCAGCUUACUUUAGCCUAGAGUUGAAUAGUUUCCUACCACAAACAUGCAAUCGUAUUUUGGUCUUUUAACCGGAUCUCAUUCCCGUCCUGAAAUGAUGCCUGACAUCACUACUUCGAUGUCAAGUGGUUUACCCCCCCUAUA